GUGAUCUUUAUGUAUUGCAGAUGCUUAUCUGAAGUAAGAUAAUUUUUAAUAAAAGAUAAUGAACACGUUAAAAUACAUUGAUAAUAAAGAAAUAAUAAUUGAGAUUCUUCAUUUGGCUAUAGAUUACCUGAUUGGAAAUUUUACUGACGAACAAACUCUUCGUUCGUCACACAAGUAUGGAUUUCAAAAUUCAGACGACUUUCUGUUGGUCAUACGAAUCGUGUCAAAGUUUUACAAGGAUAUUUUAGUAAAAUGCGAAAAACUAACUCAAUUUUCGUGUAUUAACCCUGAAAUGAGCCGGCAUGCACAUCUUGUGCUAUCAGCACGCUAUUCUGAGUUAAGAAGCCAUCUCGAGCAUUGGGAGUUCUUGGAAAAAAAGAAUGUCAUAGAAUCUUUUGGAUGGGACACACGGCUAAUAUUAGGAGAUAGCAGCUUUGGAAGGCAUAUACAUCAACUAACAACUUUGGUUUUCCAAUACCGUCACAUGCAUAUUCAAAAAGACUUGCAUUUUGAAAUGAAUAACGUAAUGUUAAGCGACUUCAUUUAUUUAUUAGAAAAUUUAUUAGCCAGGUAACAAUCCAAAUAUUAAACAAAUAUUAUUGUUCUUAAAAAUUCAGAUUAAUUGUAUCUGGUAGAAUAUACAGAUUUAUAUUUAAAUAUUGUUAUUCAUUUCUAUCAAAUUAAUAAACUUUUCUUUAUAUAGAACG